UUCUCAGCGCAGAGUCGGGGAUUUCCACUCCGCGGAUGGGUUUCGCUUUCGGUUCCAGACUCUUCGUGCUUCACAAGAUCUCCGGAGGUCUGUAGAGAUGGAGGAGAAGCACAUGCAGUCAGUGCUGAUCUCUCUGCUGAGGCAGGAUAAAGUCCAGCUCUGGACUGAGCCUUUCGUUUCUGACCAGCAGAAGAUCCUGGAACUGGCUCAGAAAUACGUGUCAGUCACUGAGUUUUCUCUGGAGGAGGUGAUAUCGACUCUGGAGAGCAUCAGAGCAGACACCAGCAGAAAAGAUGAAGGGAAUAAAGAGUUUAAAGAGACGUCCGUGGCUUCGCUGGAGCUCCAUCUGCCCAAGAGAGAAGGAGAGAAUAGGAAAAGGAAAGUUCAUUUAAAAUUAAAACUGGACAUCACCGCAAAAGAGCUGAAGAAACGGAUCAGAGAGGAGCAUGGACUCGAACACUUUAACCUGAUUUUGACGGGAAGAUUACUGUCUCCAGGGAAAAGACUCGAUGAACAGAACGUGAAGAACAACAGUAAGGUCAUGGUGCUGGUCGUGUCUUCGGAGCAGGAGAAGACUGAGAUGCUGGAGGAAGAGGAGAAGAAGCGGCAGCAGGAGGAAGGACUGCAGAGAACGCAGAAGGGUUUCCAGAUCCUGUCAGAAAGAGACGGGAGUGAAGACCCGUCUACCACCCCGUUCUUAGAGAUCGCCGAUCAGAAAGGAAAUCCUCUGCAGAUCCCUGACAGCGAGAGGAAGGCUCUGAUCCUGGCGAUGGGUUUCCACGAGAAAGGUCGAGCGCUGAUGAAGAAGAGGAACCACAGCGCUGCUCUUUCUCACCUGGCGCAGGCCGACGAACAGUUCAAUAAGUGUAACUCGGCGCUGCUGAAGACGGUGGAUAACUACGCUGUCCUGCAGCUGGAUGUGGUGUGGUGUUAUCAGGCUCUGCAGCAGCUCGACUUUCUGAACGACGCUCGACAGCGUCUGGAGCGAGCCGAGGACUGCUUCAAGAGAUGCUACGGGGAGCAGCAGAGCCGUCUGCAGCAGAUCAAGGGUCACACCGGAGGAGAGGACGUGCUGUUUCUGAGGCUCUAUCUUCUCCAGAGUCUGCUGGCCUACCACGACGGCAACAAGAACCAAGCGUUAAACAAGCUCAGAAACGUGGACGAGCUGUACGGUCAGCUGCGUCUGGACCCUGAGAAGAUGCUCCAGCUGAUGGCUCUGGGUUUCUCCGAGCAGGAGGCUCGCCUGGGUCUGAGAGCCUGUCGAGGAGACGUGGAGGAGGCCGAGAGACUCAUCUCUCAGAGGAAGAAGGAGAAGAAGGAGCUGAAGGAGCGAGAGCGAGAGAAGAGACAGCGCCGUCUGCAGGACAUCAACACGCUGGUGGAGCUGGGCUUCAGUAAGAGAGACGCCGCCAGAGCCCUCCAUCAGUCCAGAGGAGACGUGGACAAAGCCUAUGGGGUUCUGCUGGACAGUGCUGAAGCUCAGAGAUCAGACCGAUCGACAAACCUGGAUCAGCUGCUGGCGCUGGGCUUUGAGAGGGACAUGGCUGACUCGGCGCUGAGGAUCAUGGGAGAUGACCUGGCUCAGGCCACUCAGAUGCUGCUGGAUAACCUGGGCAAGGUUCCUCCGGAGCUCCUGUCUCCAUCACCUCCAUCCUCCUCCUCCGAGGAGCCCAGCACCUCCGACUCCGCCGCGUCCGGCUCGAGUCGUCUGGACCAGGAGCUGGUGAACGAGGUUCUGGAGGACAUUCCCAGACAUGAAGAAGAUUAUCUGGACGUGACUCUGGACGAGGAGAAGCAGCUGAUGGAGCAGAUCAGAUCCAUUCUGGAGAAACAGAGCUCGUCCUCCGGAUAAACAGCGCCGAGGAAAAUCUGUGUUUCACUAAACCUUAAAUCUAUACAGUGAUGAUAAUAGUAAUAUCCGUUCAUAAUUAAUAUUCUGAAGCGUGAUCAAUGAUGUACGUCAAAGAGCGAUUGAUUUAUCUUUAUUUAAAGACUCGCUGAAGGGAACUUGUUUGUUUGGUUUGAUUCUACACUAAUUCAGUUAAAGCUUUCAUACUUUUCAGUUUGAUUCUGAUUCUUGUUUCCUUGUUUAUAAUCUUCAACUUCAGAUGUUUGCUGAACGUGCAAUAAAGGUUUAUUCGUUGUGAACGUUGA